AUGGAUGCUUUUGCAAUGAAAAAAUCAUGUUCUUCUAAAGAUUCUAGCAAAUCGCCAGCCUUAGAAGAAUCUCAUGAAGUCAUCACAAACACAAAAAAGAUGAAAGAAAUAUCUAUGGAGGACUCUCAAUUGAAGACACAUGAAUUAUCAUGUGGUAGAACACUUCUUCAUCUCAAAGUACGCAACAACGAUGGGAAUAUUAAUUGUUCAAAUCUUGGACUAAAUCUUCUUAAUUCAACUCCAAAUCAUGCUAUUGAGUCUUCCAAUGAGGCAACACACACACAGAGGCAUUCAGCAAAGACUAAGAUUUUCUCUUGCAACUUUUGCAGGAAAGAAUUUUCCACUAAGCAAGCCCUAGGGGGACACCAAAAUGGUCACAAACAAGAGAGGGCAUUGUCUAAAAGGAAAAAGAAACUUGUUGAUGUUGUUCAACCUUUUGACCCUCCCAAUUAUCAUCCUUACUAUAGCCCUUACUCAAAUUUGAACUCACACAUGCCAUUUCACAGUUCUUUUACCAAUCAAUCACCAUUUGGUGUUAAUGGAGAUUCUUAUGUCAUUCAUAACCCUACUUUUUAUCAGACAUGGCCAUGUUUUUCCAGAUACAAUUAUCAAUUUAAUCCAGUGAAGUGGUCAUCAAGCUCAUUAUUUUUUAGUACAAAAAAUCUCCUAGGAAAUAAGAACAAUGAUAUGAUUGGAACUAGAGUUGAUGCGUCGGAGAAUUCCCUUAAUUCUGAGAGCAAAAAUAGUGCAAAAGGUUUGGACUUAAAGGAUUCACCAAUAAAUAUUGAUGAUAAUCUUGAUGGAAAUAGUUAUAUGCAGAUGAAAUUAGAAGAGGCUGACGCGGAGAAGAAUAAUGAAGAAGACGAGGAGCUUGAUUUAGAUCUAAAACUUUAA